AUGCGUGACGAUUUGAUCACCGGGAGGCACCGGGGGGUUCCGGCGGCGGCGGCGGCGGCGACGGUGACGGUGACGGUGGCGAGGGGGCAACAGAGACGAGGAGUGAGGCGGAGCAUUGGAAGUCUAGGGGAGAAUGGAAACCAUGAUGAAGUUGAAGCAAUAAAUAUAAGUAAUUGCAAUAUUUCUGGAACUGAGGCUGGGAUCAGGAUCAAGACAUGGCAGGUUUAUGUCGUGUCCGAGCCGUGUUUGGAUUUGAAUGAAGCAGACCGAGGAGGCUCUGGAUUUGCAAGGAAUAUCAACUUCACAAAUAUAAUCUUCACAGAGGUUAAAAAUCCUGUUACAUCUAUCGACCAAUUCUACUGCGUUCGCAAAAUAUGUCCUGAAAGUGAAUUGGCCGUUCGAGUGAGCGAUAUCAGAUUUACUGAACUCUUGGGGACUUUGAUGACGAAUAGGGAGAUGGAAACUUUGUCUUAUAUUCCAAUUUUGUUGUGGACAAUUAUUCUUGGAGUGCAAUUAUGUAGUGCACAAGAAAGCAAAUUUGAUGUUACAACGUUUGGUGCAGUGGGUAACGGAAGGACAGACGACACUAAAGCUUUUGAAGGAGCAUGGGCAGCAGCUUGCAAUCAACAAGCUGAGAGUGUUAAGAUACGCGUUCCCACUCGAAAGAAAUACUUGGUUUAUCCUAUAGAGUUUGGAGGCCCAUGCAAAUCCAAUACAAUUACAUUUGAGAUAUUAGGAUCCAUGGUUGCUCAACCAAGACUAGCAUGGGGAGAUAAAAAUAAAAAUAAACAAGCAUGGUUGAAGUUUCGAGGAGUGGAUGGUCUUUCUGUAGUGGGAUAUGGAUUAGGGCAAAUCGAUGGACAGGGAUAUACAUGGUGGCGCAUGGUAGACGACCGACCAAAUGCAAUGGUAUUUGUUCUAUGCAAUAAUCUCCGAAUCUCGGGCUUGACGCAUAUAAACAGCCCAAAAUUCCAUCUAGCAAUAGUUAAGAGUAAUAAAGCAGAGAUUUCUAUGCUUCGCAUAAUUGCCCCUUCAAAUAGUCCCAACACAGAUGGGAUUGAUUUAUUAUAUUCCACCAAUAUUAAUAUUCGCAAUUGUACAAUGAAAACUGGUGAUGAUUGUAUUGCGAUUAAAGGAGGUACUUCAAAUGUUAUUAUAUCUGAUAUAUUGUGUGGUCCUGGACAUGGUAUAAGCAUUGGAAGUCUUGGGGAGUUUGGAAGACGUGAUGAAGUUGAAGCAAUUGACAUAAGUAAUUGCAAUAUUACUGGAGCUGAUGAUGGAAUCAGGAUCAAGACAUGGCAGGGAGGUUCUGGAUUUGCAAGGAAUAUCAAUUUCACAAACAUAAUCUUCACAAUGGUUAAAAAUCCAGUUGCAUUCAUCGACCAAUUCUACUGCCCUAACAAGAAAAUAUGUCCCGAAAGCGCAUCGGCCGUUCAAGUGAGCGAUAUCAGAUUUACUGGACUCUCGGGGACGUCGACGACGAAUAGGGAGAUGAUCGGCUUCCGUUGCAGCGCCGCCGUUCCGUGCACAAACAUUAUAGUGAACGGAGUGGACAUAAAACCAAGCGAUGGGGGCCAAGCCCGUUCGGCUUGCAUGAAUGUUCGUGGAUUUGCUAGUAAUGUUGCAAGCCCACCUCUUGAUUGCCUACAACCAUAA